AUGUUCAGAUACGCCUUGCUCGCCCUGACGUCCUUUCUUCUUCAAAUUUCUUACGCUGUUCAAGAACCAAGACAACAUAUUAUAUAUCCUCCAACUGGCGGAGACAUUCCCCUAAUGCUGUCAGAAGGCGGCUGGUACGGUGAUUUUGGCGUCACAUGGUUUCCCCGAUGCGAGUUCGGUGGUAGCGUUGGCGGCGUUGUGCAUGGCUGGCCAGCCAAAGGUGGUUUCUACUCACGUCUCUGCUCUGUAGCGGAACUCGAGUUCUUGGGCCUUGACCGAUUCGAGCCGUCGGACAAACCAGACGACCCUGAGAACGAGGAAGCUCACUGCGCCAAAAUGCGCCAGCUAGGAGCCAAUUGGUAUCGUGACCCUGACCACAAACUACGCGCCGGACGGAAGUACCGGAACAAAGAACCAGAUGCACCAAUUCUAUUUGUCGGUUGGCCUGCCAGUGGUGGUGUUUGGACCCUUAAUACCAACUUUUCACAAUGUGCACGAAAGGGCUUGGCGAGGAUUGACAACGCGUUCACAAUGGAAGAGCGCUGCAAGAUGAUUGAGAAACUUGGGGGAACAUUUUAUGCCGAUCCGAAGGAGUGUCCUCAUCUAGACCUUGAUGGUUCUCGAGAGGGAGACAGUAGUAAAAGCUACUAG